AAAGUCUCUUCUUUCUUAUCAUGAACAUAAUUCCCUAAAGAUUAUGAUGUUCUUGUUGUGUUUGCAGCUGUUGUUCUUCCCCAAGAACGUAGUAUCAGACCCAAAUGGUGGACAGUUCAACUUCAACGGCUUCCUAUACGCUGCAGGAUCAGCCCAUCUAAAAAGCAAUGGCCUCUUCAGGCUUACCAACACUACCGCACAAACAGCUGGUCAAGUCUUCUACAACUACCCACUGAGGUUCAAGGAUUCUCCAAACGGUACCGUCUUCUCCUUCUCCACCACUUUCAUCUUUGCCAUAGCUUCACAUUAUGGAGCUGACAAUGGCCAUGGACUAGCCUUUGUCCUUUCUCCUAUUAGAGGUUUAUCAAACGUUGAUCCCACACAGUAUCUAGGACUCUUCAACUCAACCAACAUGGGAGAUCCAUCAAAUCACAUAGUAGCUGUUGAGCUUGACACGGUCCAAACCGCUGAGUUUAAUGACAUUGAUUCUAACCAUGUUGGUAUUGACAUAAACAGCGUGAUCUCAGAGGUAGCUUCUUCAGCAGGCUAUUUCAAUGAUGAUGGUACGUUCGUGAAUCUCUUCCUCUCCAGUGGAGACCCUAUGCAGGUUUGGAUUGAGUAUGACAGCAAACAGAAGCAGCUUAACGUCACACUUCAUCCUCUUGAUGUCUCUAAGCCAAAGCUCCCACUCCUUUCUCUGGAGAAAGAUCUUUCUCCUUAUUUACUUGAGUGUAUGUACGUUGGAUUCUCUUCAUCCACUGGUAUAAGAACUGCUUCUCAUUAUAUAUUGGGGUGGACAUUCAAGAUGAAUGGAACAGCUCCAGAUAUAGACACCACUCACCUUCCAGAGGUUCCUCGUUUUGAUCAGCCAAGGGACCAAAGUGUAAAGGGGGUUAUGGCUAUUACUUUGAGCUUAUCAGGCAUCACUAUGCUCAUAGUCUUGGUUCUUGGCUUAUGGCUUUUCUUGAAGAGGAAGAAGCUAUUAGAAGUUAUUGAGGACUGGGAAGUACAAUUUGGUCCUCAUAGGUUUGCUUAUAAAGAUCUACACACUGCCACAAAGGGUUUUAAGGACACUGAGCUUCUCGGUAAAGGCGGGUUUGGGAAAGUCUUCAAGGGCACAUUACCAGUUUCCAACAUAGAGAUUGCAGUGAAGAUGGUUUCUCAUGAUUCAAGACAGGGAAUGAGAGAGUUCAUUGCUGAGAUUGCAACCAUUGGCCGGCUAAGACACUCUAACUUAGUUAGGCUUCUUGGAUACUGUAGACGCAAAGGUGAACUCUACUUGGUGUAUGAUUGUAUGCCCAAAGGAAGCCUUGAUAAGUUUUUAUACCACCAGCAGAAUGGGAAUCUUGAUUGGUCAGAGAGGUUCAAGAUCAUUAAAGAUGUAGCUUCUGGACUACGCUAUUUGCAUCAACAAUGGAUGCAGGUGAUUAUCCACAGGGAUAUUAAACCAGCCAACAUCCUUCUUGAUGGGAAUAUGAAUGCAAAACUUGGUGACUUUGGUCUAGCUAAGCUUUGUGAUCAUGGGAUUGAUCCGCAGACAUCUUAUGUGGCAGGUACGUUAGGGUAUAUCUCACCUGAGCUUUCAAGAACUGGAAAGGCAAGUACAAGCUCAGAUGUAUUCGCAUUUGGAGUGGUGAUGCUAGAGAUUGCCUGCGGACGAAAACCGGUGUUGCCACGAGCAUCGGAAAGCGAGAUGGUGCUGACUGAUUGGGUGCUAGAGUGUUGGGAGAAUGGAGAUAUAAUGCAGGUUGUUGAUCAAAGGAUUGGGCAGGAGUACAUUGAGGAGCAAGUGGUACUUGUUCUCAAACUAGGCUUGCUAUGUUCACAUCCAGUAGCAGCCAUCAGACCGAACAUGUCCAGCGUCAUUCAGUUCCUGGACAGUGUAGCUCAACUUCCUCAUAACUUGCUUGAACUUAUGUCAGCUCAAGAAAUCAAUAGAGGUGCUCAAGUCUCAGGUGAAGCAGCUGAUUCUCCUGAGUCUAGUUCGGUCGCUUCCUUGACCUUCACUGAAUCCUUUGUCUCCCAUGGACGGUAAAAGAUACAAACAAGAAAUUGUGCUGUCCUUUAUUGAGCAUCUAACAUCAUUCUCACGUUUAUAUUCCAAGACUCUAUACACAUACAUUAAACAAAAGACUUUUUGUAAUACUUUCCUCACAUAACUAAUGGAAACUUGGUCACUUCUCUAUAUAACAUUAACAUCAUUGACUCUUUACCUCUUGAGUGUUGCUUGAAAUAAAGGAGAUUUUCUAUCCAUUUUUUCCCUUUCCUUGCACCUUAGUCCAUGGAACCCUCUAG